ACCUUUGUUUUGAUGAGUACGGACGAGUUACUACAGUACACUACGUCAAUGACGGUCUUGAACCUCGCUAUGAUUAGGUAGCUAAAACAUGUCUCUUUUAAGCUGCAUGCCGACGGCGACGCUAAGCAAGGAGGGUCAAAGUCGUCAGUACAUUCCAUACCAUGACAGAAAAGCCAUGAACCAGAUCAUCUUUCAACAUGAUAAUGUGCUGUCAGAUGUUCACAUGUUCCUGCCCAAUGCCCGCCACUUCAUGACACGCCUCAACAAUGUUGGACAGCCUGUUUUCAUCUCCAAAUUCAAGAUUUUGUCCGAAGCUGGAAAGGAGGAGAGGAAUGAUCAGGCCACAAGGGAAAACGGUGACAACGAAACAAACAAUGAAGAGGCAGGUAGUGAAAGAAAUGUAGAACCAGCCUUGGAUGAGGAUGGAGAUCUCGAUGUCACACAUCGACCUAGGAGUAAUCCUGCAGGAGAUGGCAGCAGGGAAGUGGUCUGCCCUGUCAUUCUCAAACAAUCAUAUAACUCUGCACUACAAAACGAGGAAAAUACAGAUGAUGAGGCAGAUGAGUGCUUGAUUGACACUGUACAGAUAGAGCAUACUAUGGCAACACCCCUGGAGGAUGUUGGCAAACAGGUUUGGAGAGGAGCAUUAUUCUUGGCCGACUUCAUCCUAUCUCAGCCACUCAUGUUCAAAGGGGCAACAGUUGUGGAGUUAGGAGCUGGUGCCGGUUUAAGCAGCAUAAUCAUGGCUACUUUAGCCAAACGAGUUUACUGCACAGAUGUGGGAGAGGACCUUUUAAGCAUGUGUCAGAGAAAUGUAACUUUAAAUAGACACAUGAUUGAGCUUGCAGGUGGUGAAGUGAGAGUGAGAGAGUUGGAUUGGCUCCGAUCAGACCUUUGCAGAGAUACUGAUGUGGAACUUAGCUGGACAGAGGAGGAAGUAGCUGAUAUUCAUGACAAUGCUAGCUUCAUCAUUGCUGCUGAUGUUUGCUAUGAUGAUGAGCUGACCGAUGCCUUCUUUCGAACACUGUACCGACUUUGCAAUAACUUUGCUCAUGCCUGCACCAUCUUUAUUUCCAUUGAAAAAAGAUUCAACUUCACCCUGCGACAAAUGGAUGUUUCCUGCGAUGCCUACAACCAUUUCAAGCACUGCCUGUCCCAGCUCGAGGACCUGGUGGAUGGACAAUGCAGCUACACAGUAGAACAAGUCCCUUGUACCUUCCCACAGUUUCUUCAGUAUGAACGCAUAGAUCAACUGUCCAGUUUGCAGCGCACCUUUCACCCAACGUCAGCUGCCUCCAGCCCACCUGGAACCCAAAUGAGGACAAGCGGAGCUUUGGAAAGUGACUUCCAAUAGAGUCCCAUUUGACCAAGCCCAGUCCAAUUUUCAGCACUGUGCAUCUUGACCAGCACUCUCACCGCCAUACCGGACAGCUAUCUCUCUCCCAAGAACCUGAAAUCUUGAAAUUUCCGUUUUCUGUUGGUGUGUAUCCCUGGGAAGUUAUUAAAAUUAUAAUAAUACAGGGAGGUCCUCCGCCUACGACGUUAUAUAGUUCUGAACCAGUUUGUGCACCUUCCAGUGUGCAAGUCAACCACAGCAGUAAAGGAAAGGAAUUACUAUCUUUAUUUUCAAUUGUUUUUUAUUUGAUUAUUUUAUAUUUAUGGGUUAGAAGUGUUUUUCAUACAAACAACUACUGUAAUUAUGACUUUACUACGCUGAGUUAGCAUAGUACUGUUCCAACUUAAGUGCCGAUUGUGUCGUCGUAAUGGAGCUCUGUCGUAAUUUGAGGCGUCCCUGUGAAUUGAAAUAAAAAAUGGUCAAAGCCAUUUAUCCCCACUAAUAUCAAAUGAUAUCUUGAAUAUACAGUUGAUAUAAAAAGUCUACACACUCCUGAUCAAAUUGCUAGGUUUUUGUGAUAAAGAAAUGAGACCAAGAUAAAUAAUUUCAAAACAUGAUUGUGUGUGUGUGUUCAAAAUUAACCUAACACAUUCAUACUCGUGUUAAAUGGGUAUUUGCACACACCUUGCACUAUUUAAAAUGCCUCCGAUCAGCGCUGAAUAACAUUCAGCUAACCUAGUAGUCUUUUCCUGACAUUUUUGUCGUCACAUCUCACAUUGCAAGCCAUGCAUGGUGCGUAGAGAUUUUGCAAAGCAUCAGCGGGAUCUUAUUGUUCAAAGGUAUCAGUCAGGAGAAGGGUACAAAAGAAUUUCUGAGGCAUUAAAUGUACGAUGGAAGUGAAGACAGUCAUCAUCAUCAAGAGGAAAAAGUAAGCACAACAUUACCUAAAACAUUUGAACAUUUUGGGGAGUUCAUAAAAUCAAUCAAAGACAUUUUGGCAGUUGUGUGAAUACUCCCAUUUAACAUGAGUUUGAAUGGAAUUGGUUAAUUCAAAACAGCCACAUCCUUGGGUAUAAGAGAGUGUGCACACUUGUAUAAAGGUAUCUCAAUUAUUUACAGUAUUUUUACUUCCCUUGUGUAUAUAUAUAUUUUGGAAAUGAUUUAUCUUGGUGUUUUUUCUUUCGAUCAUAAAAACCUGAUAUUUGAAUAGGGAUAUGUAGAAUUUUUUAUAUCCACUCUACACUAUGAGUAAGUACAUUCAAACAAUUGUAUAAUGGAACUAAUCUGAUUUCACUUGUUCAAGCACAAAUGCAUUUACAAGUAUAGAUGUAAUAUUAUCAUUAACACUAUGUGGGGUUUUCCUAAACUGUUAAAAUGGAUCGUUUCUGCUGGGGUAUUUAUUGGUUAGCAUGAACUGCAUAAAGACUUGUGACCUGCGAAUGCUCCAUUCUUUCUAGUCAGAGACUAAACUCUGGUGCUGGAAACAAGCAUAUUCUGAAGAUCUUGUUUGUAAAAUAAAAAAUAUCUGUGUUUUUUUUUCCAAUCAGAACUAAUGAGAAUAUCCUACAUCUGUGUGCCCUGUAUGGUUUGGAUAUGUAAUGAAUCAUUAUUAUUAUGUGUAUUAUUUAAUUAAAAAAAAGAGAAGGAAAUUCA